AUGAGCUCCGGCCUGAUCCCGCGGGACGGGACGCGCGACGAGCAAGACCCCAUGCUCGGUGUCAGAUCAUCGUCGGAGACUGACGUGGAGGACCGCCUGCUUCCCGACUCAGCCGACUACAGCGAGAAGAGCAACUACCGACGCCAUGCGGGCCACAAGAAGACAUUUCGAUGGAUCAUGGUACUCACUUGCGUGUCCAUCUUGACACUGAUUCCCUUCAUUUUUGCCCAAUUCUUCAACGUGCAGACCAAGGGUCGGCCGGCAGAACCGGCUCAUGAUGAGGACAACCAUGAAGAAAGCCCGCCUCCGCCGCCGCCGCCACCACCACCACCGGCGGACCCAGUGCCGGAACUAACGACGACGAUAACGCCAACAACAACUUCGUCCCUUAUCCCCACGCCAACACCGGAAGUGAAGUUGACGCCGGAUCAGCAAUUCAAUCUGCAGACAGGUUUCGAGGUAUCGAACGUGACGUCGAUGCGGGAGUAUGUGUUCAACAUUACGCGGCAGCAGCACUCUCCCGAUGGCUUUGAAAAGUCAAUGAUCCUCGUCAACGGACAGUCGCCCGGCCCUCUCAUCGAGGCAAAUACGGGAGAUACCAUCCGUGUUACGGUGCACAACCAGAUGCUGAAGGAGAGUACCACGAUUCACUGGCACGGCAUCGACCAGAGGAAGUCGGUCUGGAUGGACGGUGUUUUUGGCGUAAGCCAAUGUGCCAUUCCCGCCGGCGAAAGCUUCACCUACGAGUUCAAUGUUACCGACCAGCGAGGCACGUUCUGGUGGCACGCUCAUGUUUCAGUUCAAGUCACUGAUGGACUAUUUGGACCCUUGAUCAUCCAUGACCCAGAUGAAAAGAUCCCCCCUGUAGAUGAUGACAAGAUCGUGAUGGUCGGAGACCUCUUUCAUGAGUAUGGAGGCACUCUUCUCACUCAGUACCUAAGUGCCAAUCCACCCUGGGCACCUAAGAAGCCUGGCAGAGAGCCUCCCCCUGACAAUGUCAUUAUCAACGGCAAGAACACGUUCAACUGCUCCAGCAUCGAAGGCCAUGAUGCAAACAAGGCCAAGUCAGGGGAGGACCACAGCGGCCACGACAUGGAGAACAUGGGGAGCCACAACACGCCUAGAGAUGCCCCUCCCCCCAAGUGCACAUGGGGUUCCCUCUUCAACACACGUGUCAAGAGCGGCUCAACGGCUCGUCUGCGUCUCAUCAACCACGGCACGUCGACGCCAAUCUUCGUAACGGUUGACGAUCAUCCUCUUCAAAUCGUCGAGAUCGACGGUGUCGAGGUCGCUCCCAUUGCCACAUCCCGCGUGUAUAUGAAUCCUGGCCAGCGUUACUCCGUCCUGAUUCACGCCAACCAGACUGCCGGAAACUAUCUGAUCCAUGCCGACGCCGCGGUUCGCUGCUUCCACAUGUCCCACAAGAACCACAAGGCGGGUAUGAUGCACGGCUCGCCUUUUGGAGCCACUGCGAUCCUGUCGUAUGACGAGACAGACCUCGGUGUACCGCCGAUUGGCAAGGCGUGGGACCUGAAUGCCAACUCGAACCUUGGUGUCGGCAAGGAGCCGUGGGGAGACAGGUGCGAGGACUUGCCGCACAACCUCCCGAAGCCCGUGAGAAGCAGGCCAGCCUACGACGUUGGCGACAGGAACUACCAUUAUUUCACGUUCAAGCAGGAGCGUGUCAAUGACGUCGUUCGUACACAUGUCAAUGAUACCCUGUAUACACCUCUGACCGACGAUGCUUCGCUGUGGAAGGUUAUGCAGCAGGACAUCACGCCGGAGAACCUGAACUCGCCUCAGCCGAAACUGGACUUUGGAAGGAAUCAAUUCGUCUUGGUGUCCCGGGAUGAUAAAGCUGCCCAAAUUGUAGUCAACUCGGACGCUAUGAUGAUUCAUCCGUGGCAUUUACAAGGCCAGAACUUCCAAGUCAUCGGUUGGGGCAAUGGCCUCUUCGGAGCCAGCAAGACUACAUGGAACUUUGACAACCCAAUGCGCCGCGACACGAUUACAAUUCCAGGAUACUCACACCUCGUAAUCCGCAUAACAGCAGACAACCCGGGUGUUUGGGCCUUCCAUUGCCAUUACCUGUGGCACGCUGAAGCUGGUAUGUUCGUCUCCAUCGCUCAGAGAAUGGGCGAGCUCGCGAACAUGUUGGGCACCUUGGACGCCAACGGCGAUGCCGGUGCCAUCAAGAAGAAGUUCUGCCCCAUGGCCAAGGCACAAUCCGGCGCUCCUCUCGCGCAGCCCGUUCAGACUGGGGCACCUAAACAGCCUCGGGGGCUUUGAUGCAUAAAGGCUAGAUUGGAUGUGACCGUAGCUGUUGAUAUAGAAGUAAAUAAUUGAGCAUACAUCCAGACAUUGGAUGCACCGGCUUCGAUAUACUUGCGUAGUCGCCGAAGUUUUGAAGGACAUUUUCCAGCAUAACGAUGCCCUCACCAUUCCAAGAUAGCUUCACUCAACCGGCGCCUUCUUCGUAGGUCGUCGGCGCCGGCCUGAUAUGC